UAGUCGAAAAUUGAAAAUUGGGCUGCUSAAGGGCAAAGCACGGAAUAGUUCGUACGGUACGAGCACGUAAUGGCUCUAUUUUAUUACCGUACGAGUGCGUAAGUACGUACCCGUACCGUUCCUACCGUCCGUAGUUUUCUUUUCCGUUUUCGACUCCCCCAAAAAAUUCAAACUGGGGUUUGUUSGUGUCAUUGUUUUCAUGCCAAGAGUUUCCAGAAAGUUUUCUCGGCACGAUACAGUUCGUACCGUACCUGGCACCUGGCACCUGCUCCCACUUCCCCCCUCCCAGGCAUCCGCAUCCCACCCAUGGUCGUCGAUCAAAACCAAACCCGCCGCCGCCACCACCCCUCGUCGAGGGCGGGAAGACCCCGGGCGGAGGAACGGGGCUUUGGCACCGAGAUCCGAUCGGGCGGAUCGUCGGACACCGAGGACGAUGUCAGCUUCAACGGCAACGGCAGCUUCAACGGCAACGGCGACGACUCCCAGCGGCACCGCGAGAGGCGGCGCAAGCAGCGCCGCCGGAGGCGGAGGCGCCGGAAGGGGGACGACCCCCCGUUUUUGGUGCUCUUCUUCCAGGUGGGCGUCGUCCUGCUGAUGGUCUGCCUUUCCGCCUUUCACCUCUAUCGGUACGCCUACCCGCCCGGGACGCCAGGCGGAGGCGGGGGAGACGACGACUACCUGGUGGAUCCCGGGGAGAUGGAAUACGAGGUGCUGCCGCAGGGGAACGAGGGUGGCGACACCUACCGCAGGGACCAGGAAGUCAAGCUCCGGGAGCUCUUGCGGCCCGCCGAGACCGAGGCCGKGGACGRGSACGAGCACGAUCCACCCCAGAACGAAGCRCGGAGGGCCCCGACGGCGGCCCCGACGCAGCCCUUGAACCGAACCAUGCCGCCCCUGCCGGUCUUCGACCUCUCCGCGUCUUCCGAUUGGGACGCCUUUCGGAUCGCCGGUGCGCUGGCGGAGGAAAAAGAACGAAGGACCACCGGACCGUUCUGGAAGGCCGCCCGGGACCUGCGCUCGAACUUUACGGAGCUCUACGGGGGGGAAAACGCCGCCCGGAUGCUYCUCGACCGGGGACUCUYCGUUCCGUCGGGAGGAGCCGGGAGCAACAGCAACAGCRRCAGCGGCAGCGGAAACAGCCCCCCCUCCCACGUGGUGGCCACCGCCUGCCGCCUGCACCGCGCCAGGGCCGAGGAGCGGCCGGUCCGUAUGGCCUUUGGGGGGUACAGCGUCACCACCGGCCGCGGAAACAAGCACGGGGAUUCCUACCCCUUUCGGCUGAAGGAGCUCCUGGAGCCGGUCCUGGCCGCCGCCGGCUUUGCCGGUCCGUCCGGGCCGAUCGUGGUCCGGAACGCGGCCGUCGGCGGGAUCCCGAGCUUUCCCUACGGGUGGUGCAUGGCCGAGUUCUUUGGAGGCSGUGGCAGCCGCGAGGGGGAUCCCGCGGCAGCCGUCCCCGACGUCGUCAGCUGGGACUUUGGAAUGAACGAGGCCGGCGGGGAACCGGAGGGACUGGAGGCCUACGUUCGGCAACUGAUUUCCACCUACUCGUCGCCGCCGCGGGAAGGGCCACCGGUCCUCCCGAAACUCAUCGUCAAGGACACCUUUGCSUCGGACCGACGGAGGGACGUGCUGGCCGGGUACGCCGCGUUUCUGACCGACCCGGUCGUCCUGCACACCGACCACGCCGUAGAGCCCGUGUUUGCGGCCACCGGGGGGGCUCCCAGCGGCGAAAACGAAAAGGACGACUGGAAAAAGCCCCCGGGCUUUCGGAAAUGGAGGAAGUGGGGGGCCCCCAGGGGGGCUCCCGGGCAGGCCUCCCACCACCCGGCGGUGCAGGAACACAGGCUGAACGCCUGGAUCCUCGCGAUGCACUUCGUGGCUGCCCUGGAGUACAUGGUCGCCAUGGACGAGAACGAGAACGAGAACGAGAACGAUAACGAGCCCUCCUGGACAGCGGCCUGCUCCUCCGCGCUGGGCGGUUCCGGAGCCGGCUCCGGGCCGUCGGUCCCGCUGCCGCCGCCCGCGUCCCUCGCCAACMRCACGGGAUCGGACCGCGACGGGAUCUUCUUUGGGCACCCCCUAGCGCAGGGAACCGAGGCGGCUCCCGCAGGGACCUGGGCCAUGAAUYCGGUCCGGUGCCGGACGACCUUCGAACCAAAGCUCUCCGGCGACCUGACCGAGAUCGUCGUCAGCGGGACGAUCGGGGAAGACCUGGACCCGGUGCUGCCGAAAUCGCAGUUCUACUACAACCAGGGAUGGACCUAUGAUCUGUCCGAGGCGGAAAAGAACGCGAAGCGGAGACUGGGCACGUACCCGGACGGCCUGGGCUUUCGGGAUUCCAAGGAGGCCUACUACGGGAUCUUCGAAUCCCCCCCGCUGGCGCUCCUGCUUCCGUACGAAAGCGGCAACGGGCCGCCCGCGGGCAAAAYACCAGACCUCCCGAGCGCCGGAGACCCYGCUUCCGACUGGUACAAAUCGAUCGUUCUCUGCCAGGUCAACGACAAGAACACCUUCGACUCGGCGUUUGCGGACGAGAGCUCCUGCAACUUUGCAACGGACGUGGACGUCCGCGUCGGUGGCAAGAACGUUACCAAGAACGCCACCAAUAUGCUGAACAUGGUUGGGAGCACCUACCUCGGAAAACCCAUCUGUAAGCACGUCGAGAUUCCGCCGGGGGCUCGGUUGUCCUCCCACAACGCCUUGGUCCGCGAGGGACUGUCUCUGAGGGGCAGCGAUGCAGUGGUUUCGGGGAGCGACAUGGAUUCGAAACUGUUGGCGGUGGACCAGGUGGGUCUAGUGGUAGAAGUCUAUGUAUCGAAUCCCCGCGUCGUUCACGUUCAUCAAGCUUGUUCUCUCUCCCAUGUUGUYUGGGAGGARCAAACGAUAAUACACACACGACCGAAAAGCAAAGAAAACCGAUAGAACGAGAGAGACRGAAAGACGCCGGUGCCAUGAAUCGGAUAGAGAUCAACGGUAGAUUGUAAACUAAAUUGUGCAGUAGCGA